UGGGCUCCGUCUUGCCAUGGACGCCUCGGCGCUGGAGCGGGACGCGGUGCAGUUCGCGCGGCUGGCGGUGCAGCGCGACCACGAAGGCCGCUACUCCGAGGCUGUGUUUUACUACAAGGAAGCUGCACAAGCCUUAAUUUAUGCUGAAAUGGCAGGAUCAAACCUUGAACAUAUCCAAGAAAAAAUAAAUGAGUAUCUAGAGAGAGUUCAAGCUCUACAUUCUGCAGUUCAGUCAAAGAGUGCUGGUCCUUUGAAAUCAAAACAUCAGUUGGACCUAGAGCGUGCCCAUUUCCUUGUUACACAGGCUUUUGAUGAGGAUGGAAAAGGGAAUGUUGAAGAUGCUAUAGAACUGUAUACAGAAGCUGUGGAUCUCUGUCUGAAAACCUCUUCUGAAACUGGUGAUAAAACUCUGCAAAACAAAUUGAAACAGUUGGCGCGACAAGCACUAGAUAGGGCAGAAGCAUUGAGUGAGCCUUUGACAAAGCCAGUUUGCAAAGUCAAAUCAACAAAUAUUAAAGCAAAGACUCCUCCAGUGAGAACACAUUUUCCUCUCAGUUCUAAUCCCUUCCUUGAAAAACCUCAGCCAUUUAUAAGUCCCCAGUCGUGUGAUGCACAUGGACCGAGGUAUACAGCCGAAGAGAUAGAAGUGCUCAGGACUACAUCAAAAAUAAAUGGUAUAGAAUAUGUUCCUUUCAUGAGUGUUGAUCUGAGGGAACGCUUUGCUUAUCCAAUGCCUUUUUGUGACAGAUUGGGCAAGCUACCAUUAUCACCUAAACAAAAAACUACAUUUUCCAAAUGGGUACGACCCGAGGACCUGACCAGCAAUCCCACAAUGAUAUAUACUGUAUCCAGUUUUAGCAUAAAGCAGACAAUAGUAUCGGAUUGUUCUUUUGUGGCAUCACUAGCAAUCAGUGCGGCUUAUGAGAGACGAUUCAAUAAGAAGCUGAUUACCAGCAUAAUUUACCCUCAGAAUAAGGACGGUGAACCAGAGUACAAUCCCUGUGGAAAGUAUAUGGUAAAACUUCACCUCAAUGGUGUCCCAAGAAAGGUGAUAAUUGAUGACCAGCUACCUGUUGAUCAUAAAGGAGAAUUGCUCUGUUCUUAUUCCAACAACAAAAGUGAACUUUGGGUAUCUCUCAUAGAGAAAGCAUACAUGAAAGUGAUGGGAGGAUAUGACUUCCCAGGAUCCAACUCAAAUAUUGAUCUGCAUGCCUUGACUGGGUGGAUACCAGAAAGGAUCGCAAUGCAUUCAGACAGUCAGACUUUCAGUAAGGAUAAUUCCUUCAGGAUGCUUUAUCAGAGGUUUCACAAAGGGGACGUCCUCAUUACUGCUUCCACCGGGACAAUGACAGAAGCUGAAGGGGAGAAGUGGGGCCUGGUGCCCACACACGCUUACGCUGUUCUGGAUAUUAGAGAGUUCAAGGGGCUACGAUUUAUCCAGUUGAAAAACCCUUGGAGCCAUUUACGUUGGAAAGGACGGUACAGUGAGAAUGAUAUAAAAAACUGGACCCCAGAACUGCAAAAGUAUUUAAACUUUGAUCCCCGAACAGCUCAAAAAAUAGAUAAUGGAAUAUUUUGGAUUUCCUGGGAUGAUCUCUGCCAGUAUUAUGAUGUGGUUUAUUUGAGUUGGAAUCCAGCUCUUUUUAAAGAAUCAACAUGUAUUCACAGUACUUGGGAUGCUAAGCAAGGACCUGUGAAAGAUGCCUAUAGCCUGGCCAACAACCCCCAGUACAAACUGGAGGUGCAGUGUCCACAAGGGGGCGCUGCAGUUUGGGUUUUGCUUAGUAGACACAUAACAGACAAGGAUGAUUUUGCAAAUAACCGAGAAUUUAUCACAAUGGUUGUAUACAAGACUGAUGGCAAAAAAGUUUACUACCCAGCGGACCCACCUCCAUACAUCGAUGGGAUUCGUAUUAACAGCCCUCAUUACUUGACUAAGAUAAAGCUGACCACACCAGGAACCCACACCUUCACCCUGGUGGUUUCUCAGUAUGAAAAACAGAACACCAUUCACUACACUGUCCGGGUGUACUCAGCAUGCAGCUUCACUUUCUCCAAGAUCCCUUCACCUUACACCUUAUCAAAACGGAUUAAUGGAAAGUGGAGUGGUCAGAGUGCUGGAGGAUGUGGAAAUUUUCAGGAGACUCACAAAAAUAACCCCAUCUACCAAUUCCAUAUAGAUAAAACUGGACCAUUACUUAUUGAGCUAAGAGGACCAAGGCAAUACAGUGUUGGCUUUGAGGUUGUAACAGUUUCCAUGAUGGGAGAUUCUGGUCCUCAUGGCUUUCAGAGGAAAUCUAGUGGUGACUAUAGAUGUGGAUUUUGCUACUUGGAAUUAGAAAAUAUACCUGCUGGGAUCUUCAAUAUCAUUCCCAGUACUUUUUUGCCUAAACAAGAAGGACCUUUUUUCUUGGACUUUAAUAGUACUAUUCCCAUCAAGACAACACAACUUCAGUGAUGGGGAAUCCCAGCCAGUAUUGGAUUCAGUUACUGAACAUCGAUGGAUUCUUCAGUCAAGGUGAUGAAAAGGGAGGAACUAAAUGGAAAGUUGUGUUAGGAGUGGCAUCGGGUGUUUGUCAUGGUGUUUGGUAAGAGUUCUAUAGUCAGAAUUACCUAGACAUGCUGGUGACAUGGUUUUGUGUCUGUAGGAUUGGCUUGGCUUGCAUUUAGGAGCCACUUUUGUAUAAAAGUGCAUCUGAUUAAAGGUCAGACUCUGCUGUCGCUGUGAGAUGCCUUUAGCUAAAAGAGCAAGUGAACCGAGCACAGAUGAGAACAAGGGCCAAGAACACACUGAGCGCAAGAGCAGGCUAUUCUAAUAUCGUGAAAUGGUUGCAUCACUCUCAUUUUUACAGAGCAUGUACGUUUCACCUGUUUGUGUUGACCCUACUGUACCUCUCAGGCAACUUACUGAGUCAUGUCCCUAUGAGUAUUAGUUUUGCUUCAUGAUUUUUAUGAAGGAAUAAAGCUUUAAGAAGCAUAUGGCAUUAAAAUGCUUAGGCUUAAAAAGACUGCCGAGGUUAGGUACCUGUUUUGCAUUGUGGAGAGAAUGGAGGUAUGUUUAUUAUGGAGGUUUUUAAUAGGUUCAUGAAAAUACAGUAAAUUGCUCUCCAUAUAUAGUUCAGUGCUGUUGUGAUAACAGCUCUUUGAAGAAAAACCCUGUAUAUGGCGAUUGAGUUAUUCAUAAAAAGUGAAUUGCCAAGGAUUAGUGUGGUAUGAAUUCAGUUUGCAUAAAAAUCAGAUUUUAAAGUUAUGAAAAACAAGGUGGGAUUUUUCAUUUUUCAUUGUGUCUAUGAAGAUUUCUAUUAAUUGAAAUAAAAUAUUUAUACUUAUGGAAA